AUGCUGUCCUGCGAGUGUCGUCAGAAUGUCAUCAGCCCUCCCGAGGCGUCGGUCCGCUGCCGCCCGAAAUCCCCCAAGAUCAAUAAUUUAAAGCUCUCCCUGAAAAAGUCCGAUAUUAUCGGACUUUCAAGGGUGAUAAAUCAAGCCGGGCCAUCCAGCAGUAGUUGUAGUGUUCGUUCGCGCUCCGAAACCCUUUUAAUAAAACCCUCCAACCCAUCUCCGCAUAGGUACGUCGCACUUCACCGUCGCAAUAUGGGCGCUAUAGAGCCCUCUAACAACAAUAUGGUGCGAAUAUCCCCCGUGAUGACUGGCUACAGAGGUAUAAACAAAUUUCGGCGGCGGAAUCGCCCGCACCUAUCGUCGGCGGCGGGGGCGGUGCCAGCGAGUCGCCGCCCCCCUCGAACCGCCGCGCGGGCCGCCGCCGCUCUCAGUCGCAUUCCGCCGCCGCCGCGACAUUCGAAUGCCACGCGAAAACGGGUGUCAGUGCGUAUGCAGCAGACUGUCGGUGCACAUGCCAGGAUGGACCAAGAGGACCAGCAUCUAGCAGAAGAAUACGUGCAGGACUUCGUCCUCGACCACCUGGAGGGCGUCACGGUGAAGAGCGAGGACAAGCGGAUGGCGGAGGCGGACUGGGAGCGCUGCCGCCAGUGGCCGGACGAGCGCAGGAUGCCGCCGUUGUCGCCGCCCCCGGACCCCAUCUACCCCCAGCAGCCGGUGCUGGUCAACAUGACGCUGAUGAACGACCCCGGCACGCCGCCGGAGACGCCGCCGAGCAACUCCCCGGUCAACUGCCGACCGCCGAACAUGAUGGACGAAAUGAUGUGGUUCCCGCAGACGAUGCGCCCGGAGCCGCAGCCCCUGGACCUGCGCCCCCUGCACUGCAUGGGCGGGGAGCCGGACUGGGAGCGGCGGGAGUACAUCCCAUCGGGGAUGGUCAUGGACAACGGCAGCCACCAUAUCAUCCACCAAAGGCCCCAGUCCGUCUGUUCCGGCGCCAGCACCAUCUCCCCCCGCCUCAACCACAACACCACCAGCGGCUACUCCACCUGCAGCGAGGACCUCGGCCUCAACGACGAGAUGCUCAUGACCCUGUCCGUGCGCGAGCUCAACAAGCGCCUCCACGGCUGCCCCCGCGAGGAGGUCGUCCGGCUCAAGCAGAAGCGGCGCACCCUCAAGAACCGCGGCUACGCGCAGAACUGCCGCUCGAAGCGGCUCCAGCAGCGCCACGACCUGGAGCAGACCAACCGCAGCCUGCAGAGCGAGCUGCACCGGGUCAAGAUCGAGCUGGCGCGGGUGAGCCAGGAGCGGGACCUGCUCAAGCAGCGCCUCCAGCUGGGUCGCCAGCAGAUGCAGCACCUCAACUCCGACGGGCAGAGCUCGCCCGAGUUCUACCUGUGACACCAUUUUCCGGGUCGGAGGAUCUAGUGAUUUCGACCCCCUGAGGCAAAGACUUGUACAAAGUGACGUUGCGUUGCGGUUUCUAGGUUAGGGAUUCGCUCUGAGUUUGUUUCGUUACCGAGUCACUUGAAGUGAUACUGCAUAUCUUUUUUAUUGUUUCUUUUAUAAUUUUUACGAUGAUAUAUUUUUAUAUGGAUCGGGUGGUGAAAGCGACCUGACGGCGGUUG